AUUUGUAAAUUGUAAUAUUUAUUUAAUAGAAUAAUUCUUUUCCUUCUUUCUUUCCAUAGAGAGGGAUCUAAAGAUACCCCUUAUUCGAUACAAUAUACACGUUACUGAAUAUCAUUAGUAACUUCAGUACAUAUUCUGUUCUAGAAUCUUUCAAUACUAAACGUUUGCUUCACUGCCUUCUCUAGCGAGAGCGUCUGUGAGCUAUGAUAAAUAUUUCUUUUAAUUGAUUACAUUGUAUUGAAAACGUGUAAAAAAUUGCUCAACAGGUAACAUAUAAUAAAAAGUUUGGUGUAUCUAAUAAAUUUGGUGGAAGCAGAAUCUGCUGUAUUUGUAAGCUGUGAUUAAUUUUAUUAAAACAUGGCACAUUACAAAGGAGCAGCAAGCGAAGCUGGCCGAGCCAUGCAAUUGAUGAAGAAGCGAGAAAUUGCACAGCAAGAAAUAGAACUGCGAAAGAAAAAGAUCGAAGAUGACCUGAAGAUUCAUAACAUAGAGAAUAAGUUUGCGACUCAUUACAAUGCUGUUGAACAACAGUUAAAGACCUCUACAAUUGGAUUGGUCACGUUGAAUGAGAUGAAGGCGAAGCAGGAGAACAUAGUUAAAGAACGUGAAAGGAAGCUUGCGCAAAAAGAACGAGAGAAAGAGCAGGAAAAGGAGAGAGCAUUGGCGGCAAAACAAGCAGAAAAGAACAAACAGAAGAGGCAGAUUCAAGCCUUGUCCUUUAAUUUGGAUGAAGAUGAAGCUGAGAUUUCUGAAGAGGACGAUGCAGAAAUCUCGGAAAAACUGGAAACAAAGGAGGAUGUGCAAUCAAAUAGCCCUAUGAUCAAGAAAAUCAAGAAAAAUCCAGAUGUAGAUACAAGCUUUUUACCAGAUAGGGAAAGGGAGGAGGAGGAAAAUAAGCUGAGGGAAGAACUGAGGCAAGAGUGGGCUAGAAAGCAGAAUGCAUUAAAGGAGGAGGAGAUCGAAAUCACAUUCAGUUAUUGGGACGGAUCUGGCCAUCGUCGAAGUGUUGUAAUGAAAAAAGGUAAUUCUAUCUAUCAGCUUCUUCAGAGAUGCUUGGAAGUCCUAAGGCGUGAAUUUAGUGAGCUUAAAACAGUUAUGGCAGAUCAGCUGAUGUAUGUUAAGGAGGAUCUUAUAUUACCACAUCAUUAUACAUUCUAUGAUUUUAUCGUAACUAAGGCACGAGGGAAGAGUGGGCCUUUGUUCACCUUUGAUGUUCACGAUGACAUUCGCGUUAUGCACGACGCUUCUGUUGAAACUGAGGAGUCACAUGCUGGAAAAGUUUUACUUAGAUCAUGGUAUGAGAGGAACAAACACAUAUUUCCAGCGAGUAGAUGGGAACCCUUUGAUCCAACAAAAAGUUACGACAAGUAUACAGUGUCGGAUAAAAAUAAGAAGAAAGAUAAGGUCUGAUGAACUUACAUUCAAUGGAUUAUCCAACUUUGUUUAGAGGAUUCAAGACACUGUAAAACAUCGUUUUGCUAAUGAAUAACUUUGUUUCAUUGUGUAUUCGAUUCAUUACAAGAGAAAUUGUAAUAUAUAUGUAUAUAGUAGCUAAGGAUAUUUUUAACUACUGUGAUUUUAAUUCCUUUAAUUAUGAGAUAAUAUUUAACUCAUUUACUCGAUUAUAUAAUUAAACUAAGCAAUUCACAAAAUAAAAAGAGAUACGUGAGAAAAA